CAUUGAUGAAAUGGCCGCGUACGACUUACCUGCCCAACUGGACUGGGUCUUGAAGACAACGCAGCAGUCCUCACUGCAAUACGUAGGGUGGUCCCAGGGAUGUGCCAUUUUGUUUGCCUUGCUUGCUGAGAGACCCGAAUACAACAAGAAGGUUCAACUUUUCCACGCCAUUGCACCAGCUGUAUUUCUGGGACACAUGACGUCGCCGAUGAAGCGUCUCGAGCCGAUAUCCAAACAAAUUUACAAAGCCGGCCAAUUCGUACUCGGGGGAUCAUUGCUGGGAAAACAUCUUCCAUUUAUCGAUACAAUGAAGCAGCUCGCGUGCAAUCCAGUUAUACCAAGCAUUUCCUGCACGGCGGCUUUUAUUUUCGUCAAUAGAGGGUACCCCAUCGACAUAAACAUGACGAGGCUACCUGUGUAUAUGGGCAACACACCAUCUGGAACAUCUAUGCGAAAUCUGCUUCACUACGCUCAGCUGACGAAGACAAAAAGGUUUCAAAAGUUUGACUGGGGAGCAAAAAAGAACUGGCAAGUGUACAAAAAGCUACUACCACCCAGGUACAACUUGAAGAAAGUGACAGUGCCAGUAGCCAUCUACUGGGGCGACGGAGACGUGUUUGUCACACCUCGCGACGUAGCUCUCCUCGCAAAAAGACUGCCUAACGUUGUCCUCAACUACAAAGUGCCCAUGCACGGCUUCACACACUUUGACGUCGUAUGGAGUAUCACCGCCUACAAACACCUCUACAAAAAGAUUUUCGAAAUGAUGAUGAAGUACACUAGUUCUGCACUGGCUGUGCUUUCUGCAGCUGAACUGUCAAAUGGUUAAAAUAAAUGAAGAGCAUCAAAUACUUUCA